AUGGAAGAAGACAAAUCCAAAGAUAUCCUCACCACCACGCUCCGCGACCUCAUCUCCGCCAACCACAUCCUGCACCACCACGGCAUCGUCGACGCCUACGGCCACGUCUCAAUCCGCCACCCCUCAGAUCCCACUCUCUACAUCAUGUGCGGUUUCCUCGCUCCCGCACUAGUUUCCUCGCCCUCCGAUCUAAUCCACUACCGCAUCUCAGACUCAGCCCCCGUCGACCCCAACGCCGGCCGCGGCUACUCAGAACGCUUCAUCCACGGCGAACUGUACAAGCGGUUCGCGGACGUUCAUUGCGUGAUUCAUUCACAUGCCGAAGAGGUUCUGCCGUACGUGGUUACGGGAGUGAAAUUGCGGGCGGUAUACCAUAUGGCGGGAUUCCUAAGCAACAAGGGAGUCAAGGUCUUUGAUAUUGAUCCGCUUUAUCGGGAGGGGGAGCAAAGGGAUAUGUUGGUUUUGAAUGAGCGGUUCGGGGCGGCUUUGGCGGAGAUGUUUGCGGGGCUUGCUGACCCUGCUGGCCAUGCUAGGCCUGCCGGCUCUGUCGAUCCUGCCUGUACCACUGUCGACCCUGACGGUUCGACAUCUCAAGCACCUGUCGAAUCGGUCGUCCUGAUGCGCAGACACGGAUACACCGUCGUUGGCCGCGAUAUUAUUACGGCAGUCUAUCGAGCUAUCUAUACGCGUAUCAAUGCCGAGGCGCAGACAAAGGCUAUGGGGAUUGCGAAUCAUGCAGGUGCAGGUAUUGGCAGCGGGCACGCCGAACAGCUGAGCUUUCCGUUUCAGGGGCUUACGGAUGAGCAGAGUAAAGGCUGUGCGGUCAUGAAUGAAGGAUACCAGGCAAAGCCGUGGCGAUUAUGGGUCAGAGAGGUCGAGCGGCUGCCGUUGUAUGAGAAUACUUUGAGUGAGAGCAAAAACUUUGCUUGA